CUUCAAUCUGAUCCCCAACAAUCCAAGACUGGUGUGUCGACAAUCUCAUCGUGAUCGUUGCUAUUGGGCCCCGAUAUAACUCAAGCAGAGCAAUCGAAGAUCGCUCAAAGAGUCGAAUCCUCCUGUUCACAUCUGGAAAUGAGCAGAAUAUACUCAGCAGAAGAGCUAUCGGAAUAUGAUGGAAUCAAGCGACAGGAAAUAUAUGUCAGCGUGAGGGGAAAGAUCUAUGACAUGACGCCUGGAAAAGACUUUUAUGGUCCAGGUGCUGGUUACCACAUCUUUGCAGGAAAGGAAUGCAGCAGGGCCCUUGCGAAGAUGUCUCUUUCUGCGGACGAUUGCACGGGCGAACUUGGCGAUCUCGAUGAAAAACAACUGAAAGUUCUGGAUGACUGGCAGAAGAAGUUUGAUGAGAAGUACACAUUCGUUGGAAGAUUAGGCUAAGCUGCUUGGCAGAUCCUAGCGUAUGCAGCUGUUACGACGAACAUAUGGCCUCUCAGCUGCUUAGAUAUUAUUUGAUUGUCAAUUAAUAUCGUCUCUAUAGAAUCUGGAACUGUAGCUCUGCUGCAGGGCCUACGAAUGAGGAAGAAGCGGUUACUAACAGUAACGCUCGAGCUCGUGCGUGGUCUAUUCUUGGAUUCCAGACGGCGUCGAUCUCCUCUGAGGCUUUGUGUGGCGUGAUCUAGGACCCUUGGAAAACUGCUUGGGAUGUACAUCGUAGAAAACCACUCGAGUGUUUUUAAUAUUAGCGUCCCAGUUCUGGGGAACGAGUCCUUUGCGGACGUCGCAUCGCCGUGCCAAGGUUGGACCUGCAUGACGGCUUCCUCAUAGGCUAGAACGGAACGUUAUUUCAUGU